AUGUGUAACGUGGAUGAGAAUGACAUUGCUGAACAUCUGAGGAUUAGGUUGAAGAAAGAACAAGAAGAAAAGGAGCAAAAGGAGAAGGAAGAAGCAGAGGCUCACCUGUAUACCAUUAUAAAGGUUGCUCGAAAUGAGGACUUUUCUGAACAGAUUGGGAGAGAGAUCUAUUUUGACCUUGUUGAUCACAAAAAAGUUUGCAGUUUUCGUAUCCAGAAACAAAUGCCUUUUAACCUUUUCAAGGUGGAGGUUGCUAAAGAGUUUGGUGUGCCUGUGCAAUUUCAGCGGUUUUGGUUAUGGGCAAAGCGCUUAAAUCAUACUUAUCGUCCAUACCGACCGUUAACUCUUCAAGAGGAGACACAAUCCGUUGAAAACGCUAGAGAAAUGUCAAAUAAGGAAGCUGGCAAUGGGGCAUGGAACUACCAAGAGCUAAAGCUAUUCUUGGAAACAGAGAUUGGGCCGGAAUCACAUCCCAUUCCUCCUCCUUGUCAUAAUGAGAAAGAAGAUAUUCUUCUUUUUUUCAAGCUAUAUGAUGCUGAAAAGGAAGAAAUUCGGUAUGUGGGGAGACUUUUUGUGAAGGGUAGUGGUAAGCCUUUCGAAAUUCUUAAAAAGCUUAAUGGGAUGGCCGAGUUUUCGCCAGAUGAAGAAAUAGAACUUUAUGAGGAAAUAAAGUUUGAGCCUGUUGUUAUGUGUGACCGCAUAGACAAGAAGCUCACCUUCCGCGAUAGCAAGCUUGAAGAUGGGGACAUUAUUUGCUUCCAGAAACCCGCUUCAGCUGAUAGUAUGACACCAAACCGCUAUCCUGAUGUUCCUUCUUUCCUGGAAUAUGUUCAUAACCGUCAGAUUGUGCAUUUCCGAUCUUUGGAGAAACCGACCGAAGAAGAUUUUUGUUUUGAGCUGUCAAAGGUAUCAAAAUAUGAUGAUGUCACGGAAAGAGUAGCUGGCCAUCUUGGUUUGAGUGACCCAACAAAGAUCAGACUUACCUCUCAUGACUGUUACUAUCAGAAACCUAAACCCCAAGCUAUUAAGUAUCAAGGUAUUGGCCACUUGUCUGAGAUGUUGAUUCACUUCCACCGGACAUCUGAUAUUUUGUAUUACGAAGUCCUGGACGUCCCUUUACCCGAGUUGCAAGAUUUGAAAACUCUAAAGAUUGCAUUCCCUUAUUCAACAAGAAAUGAUAUGGUCGUUCAUAGUAUUAGACUUCCAAAACAAAGUACAGUUGGUGAUCUGAUUAAUGAUCUGAAGACAAAGGUUGAGCUGUCUCAUCCGGAUGCGGAACUUAGAUUGCUGGAAGUUUUCUCCCACAAGAUUUUCAAGGUUUUUACGUUUAGUGACAAUAUUGUGAACAUUAAUGAUCAAUGCUCGACGCUAAGGGCAGAGGAGAUUCUAGAGGAGGAGAAGAACUUGGGUCCUCAGGAUCGCUUGAUUCAUGUUUAUCAUUUCGCAAAAGAUGGACAUCUGGCACGGAAUUUUGGGGAACCAUUUUUCUUGGUCAUCCAUGAAGGAGAGACUUUAGAUGUAGUCAAAUUGCGCAUACAGAAGAAAUUGCAGGUUCCUGACAAGGAAUUUGCUAAGUGGAAGGUUGCAUUUUUUUCAUCGCUGCGUCGACCCGAGUACCUUCAGGAUUCAGAUACAGUGUGCAGCUGUUUUCAGAGAAGUGUUUAUGGAGCUUGGGGGCAGUAUCUUGGGUUGGAGCAUUCUGAUAGUUCCCCAAAAAGAGCAUAUGCAGCCAGUAAUAAUCUACAAAUAGGGUAA